AGAUAGUGUUGAUGCCACAGUUCAGCCACUUGGAAUCAGCGAGAGAUGAGUGACAGCAGCACAUGUCUCUCAGCGUUUAUAGCUCUGGAUCAGAUACAUGUUUACCACCCACACGUGCCAUCUGCUUCCACUUUGACACCAUUACUCUAUAGACGAAUGACUCGCUGACACGAUAUCUCUUUCUCUCUCGCAGAGCUCCGGAAGGUACAGAACUAUUCAAGUGAGGUGAUUUUAGACCCUGCCACGGCCCAGAGGAACCUGGUUGUGUCCGAAGACGGCCGCCAGGUGAGAUACGAAGAGCGUAAGACCUCCCACAGCGAGGGUCCCAAACGCUUCAGCCCCGCCCUCUUCGUCCUGGGUCGAGAAGGCCUCACCUCCGGGCGCCACUACUGGGAGGUGGACAUGGGGCACAAGACGGCCUGGACGCUCGGCAUGGCCGGCGCCUCGGCCCGACGCAAGGGGGAGAUCAAGCUGAAUCCCGAGGGGGGGUUCUGGUGCCUGUGGCUGAAGAACGGGGAGGUGAAGGCUUUGGCUUCGUCCCGCCUCCCUCUGCUGCUGCCGUCCCAGCCCAGUAAGGUGGGAAUCUUCCUGGAUUACGAAGGGGGCCAGAUUUGCUUCUACGACGUGAAGGCGCGUCAGCAUCUCUACACGUUCGUGGAUACCUUCAACCAGAGUCUGUACCCAAUCUUCAGCCCCUGCCUCACCCAGGAGGGGAAGAACUCUGCGCCUCUCAUGAUAAGCUCUGUUAAACACACCUGAGAUAAAUUCAACAGGUUAAGUGCCCAUACUUGUUAUCUAAUCUAAUCUAAUCAGAUCAUUUUGCCAUUUAUUUGGUCUGUAAACAUCAUUUGUUGUCUUCUUAACGAGCCAACCCUAAAACUGUUUUACUUGUUUGCAUAGCACUUUAUCUCGAUCAUCUUAAUAACAAAGCCAAAGUCAAAACUACCCAGUACAACAUGUUCUCAUAGUAUGGGCACGUUAUUGCAUUAGUUGAAGCUAAAUCAGGCUCAAUAGAGAUAUUUUAAGGGACAAUGACUAACAGAGUGACUGUUUCAAAGUAAUACAACCAAAGCAUUGUGAAUGUUUGGUGUGUUUGGAUCCCAGGAAACCAAAAUGUAAGAGAUGUAUUUAAAAUUUGGUUAUUUAAAAGUUACAAAUUGUUGCCUCACCCUGUAUACCCUUAUCUUAAAGUGGACCUAUUAUACUAUAUUUGAAAAAUAUAUUGUAGGGCCAUACCUACACAAAACAUGUCUG